GUCUGCCAAAACCGGAAAACACACACUCGAAAACGAAAUGGGCUCUGGGGGACGAAUGUGGAAGCGGAGGUAAACCGCAGGGGUUGUCUUCAAGCGCACCAAGCCAAACCAAAGGUGUUCAGCUUUCAGCAGAAUCCCUGACAGCACAGGCGAAGCAGAUCUUCACAACAACAUCGGUGGAACAACUUGCUAAAUCCUGUGAUCUCAAUGCCAAGCUACCAGGACUAGUCUUCUGCGGAUCUGCAGUGCGUGAGCGAGUGUGCGCGCGUCCCUGCCAGAUAGGGCCCCCACCGCAUUGUGCGUGCGUGCCUGAGGAGGCUAAUGCCCGCGGCAGUGUGGUCAGGGCCAGAGGAGGAUGAGUCCGGCUGUGGAGGCUCAGGCCCAGGAGGCCAUGAAAGCAGAAUUAAAGCAAAAGCAGCAGCACCAGCUGCAGCACCAGCAGUGCUACAUGGAGAAAGGGGUGAUGCUUGAGCCCUUCGUGCACCAGGUGGGGGGACAUUCUUGUGUCCUGCGCUUCGGCGAGCAGACCAUCUGCAAGCCACUCAUCCCCCGCGAGCAUCAGUUCUAUAAGAGUCUGCCCGCAGCGAUGAGGAAGUUCACCCCCCAGUACAGAGGUGAGGUGUCGGUGAGCUUCGAGGAGGAUGAAGAAGGGAAUCUCUGCCUCAUCGCUUACCCCCUCCACAGUGACCCGGCAGCAGAUCUGGAGAACAAGGAUCCCUCGGAUGACUGUGAGCCCAAGAGCAAGAUGCUCAAGUGGGGCAACAUGGUGGCAUCCUCACUGCUCGUGGACAGCGACAACUACAACGAUGGCCGAAGCCGCCACACUCGCAAAGACAAGGAUAAGAGUGUCCACAAGCUGCAGGAGGAUGUGGAGCUGGAGUGGCUGCAGCAGGCCGAGGUGCUCUACUACAGACUGGAGCACAGUCACAGCAAAGCUGUGCCGCAGCUCAAGCACAACCCAUGGAGUCUCAAGUGUCACCAGCAGCACCUACAGAGGAUGAAAGAGAAUGCCAAGCACCGCAACCAGUACAAAUUCAUCCUGCUGGAGAACCUGACAUGGCGGCACACGGUGCCCUGCGUGUUGGACCUGAAAAUGGGCACACGGCAGCAUGGGGACGACGCCUCGGAGGAGAAGAAGGCGAUGCAGAUCCGCAAGUGCCAGCAGAGCACAUCAGCGUCGAUAGGAGUCCGUCUCUGUGGCAUGCAGGUGUACAAGUCUGACACGGCCCAGCUGAUGUUCAUGAACAAGUACCACGGACGCAAGCUGACCCUGCCCGGCUUCAAAGAGGCUCUGUUCCAGUUCUUCCACAGCGGGCGGCAUCUACGACAUGAGCUCCUCUCCCCGGUGCUGCACAGGCUCAGAGACAUGCAAGCUGCCUUGGAAGCCUGCGAAUCUUACCGCUUCUACUCCAGUUCCCUGCUCAUCAUUUACGACGGCGUGCCCCACCGCAAACACACACGCCGACGCACUGAGGACGGACUUUCUGAAGAAGAAGAAGAGGAGGAGGAGGAGGAGGAGGUGGAGGCUGAGCCUGAAAUGGAGGAAGAGGAGGAGGAAGAGGAGGAGGAGGCUGAAGUAGCAGGUGCAUUUGGUUUCCCUCACAGCCCCUCCACGCCUAGUGACAUUAGCAGCGGUUGCUCCAGCAGCAGUGGGAGCUCAGGUGUCAGCCUGUCCUGCUCAGACCCCCGCAGCCCCGUGGUGGAUGUGAGGAUGAUAGACUUUGCCCACACCACCUGCAGACAUUACCGGGAGGACAGUGUGGUACACGAAGGCCAGGACAGUGGCUACAUCUUUGGUCUCCAGAACCUGAUCACCAUCAUUUCUGAGCUGGAAAACCACAGCACAGACUGAUCCCUGACAUGAGACUCUCUCACACACACACAAACACACACACACACACACACACACACCACACACCACACACCACACACACACACACACACACACACACACACACACACACACACACACACAGAGAGGCACAAUAACACACACUCUGACCUGUGGAAGAAAAGAGGAGGACUGGACUACGGAAGAGGAGAGAGAUUGUUCCUCUGCUUGUUGUAGCUGUCCUUUGAUUGGACCCCCUUUCUUCUCUCGGCCGUUGGUGCUUGUUGAAUUUCCUGUCGUGCGUGUCCAUCGUCGGGAUAUUAAACAGACCUGCGAGUAACAUAAAGAAGCCGUCUGUGUGUCUGAUGCAGUGAUUCACCCAUUGUCAUCAUUCAGUUGUAACCAACUUGACUGUUACGAAAGAGGGUAGGCAGCAAACAAAAGCCGCGUGAGAUGUAAGGGACGAUGGAAAUGUUUUCCGUGUUUCCUAUUCCAAAGAAAGUGUCUGCGUUUUGCACACACAAACAUGCACUCAAACACAUUCUGCUGAAUGCGUGUGUGCUUGGACUGAGACAGGGCUAUCGGAGAGAGCGGGGGUCGUAUGUGUACGAGGACAGAGUCGAUGGGAAGAAAGGUAGUGAAGCUAACACUCUCCAUUCUUCUCUUUUGCCUGUUCAUUCUGCCAUCCUUCUUUCCCUGUUAAUUUUCUCUCAAAGAGAAUAUAUUCAUAUAGCUAUCAGAGACAUGAUAUAGAGUUAUUUAUUUAUUUGACAUGUUUCAUACAAUAAACUAAAAGAUUUGUUUUUUAAGUAUGUGGAUGACUACAUUCCAUGUUAUUAAUGUUACAAUAAUGAUAUAAAUUAAUAUUGUUAUUUGACAUGUUUGGAUACCUCUAUCUUGUAUAUCUGUGUUGUCCACAGUCUGUUGGAGGAGGACAUUAAAGACUUUGGAUUGUGA